UUCGUUGUGGUAUGGUUGUCAUUUCGUCGUUUAUCGGAAUAGAUAAAUGAAUGAAAAAUAAUUGUCAAAAUUACAACCACCUCGUCCCGUAGUCUCUCGAUAGUUAUCGCCGCGAGUGUGAAAAUUGACGAGUGAUCUUCGUCCUAGUGAACGGCCUUAUAGAACACCGCCAUGAUCGAUGUCGGAAACAAAGAUGGCGGAAUAAUACGGUGAUCAUAACCAAACGUGUUUUGUUGUGUGUAGUUAUGUGCUGUAGUGGGUGGCGGCCGCAGCAGUGUCGGGCGUGAGCGGUGUGGAGCGCGAUGCGGGCGCGGCCGGGGUGAUGCCGCCGCGGCCCGCGGCCGGCCGAGCGGCCAUGGCGGCCGAGGAAGAACGCCCGCCGCUCAAUCUGUUUACGGCCGUGUACGACUAUGUGGCGCAGGGGGAGGACGAGCUGUCGCUGCGGCGCGGCGAGAUCGUGGAGGUGCUGUCCAAGGACGCCAACAUCUCUGGCGAUGAGGGUUGGUGGACCGGCAAGAUCGGGGACCGUGUCGGUAUCUUCCCGGCCGUGUAUGUGACGGAGGAGGACCCGCUGGCCGUCAGCUCGGUAAUCGGGGACGUGGACCCGCCGCGGGUCUCCUUCUCGGAGCUUAAGCUGGAGGAGGUGAUCGGCGUCGGGGGGUUCGGGAAGGUGUACCGCGGAUACUGGAACGAUGAAGUGGUGGCGGUGAAGGCCGCGCGGCAGGAGGCCAACGAUGACAUCGAGGUGGUGAAAGACAGUGUGCUGCAGGAGGCCAAGUUAUUUUGGAUGCUGCAGCAUGAGAACAUAGUGUCGCUGAAGGGUGUGUGUUUGGAGGAGCCAAACUUGUGUCUAGUGAUGGAAUACGCGCGCGGCGGGCCGUUGAAUCGUGUGCUAUCCGGGCGGAAGAUCCGGCCUGGUAUCCUGGUGGACUGGGCCAUCCAGGUGGCUCGCGGCAUGGCCUACCUACACGUAGACGCACCUAUAUCGCUCAUACAUCGAGAUCUGAAAAGUUCCAAUGUUCUGCUGAGUGAGACGAUACUGCCAGACGACACGCUGGAAGACAAGACGCUGAAGAUCACGGACUUCGGGCUGGCGCGGGAAGUGUACAAGACGACGAGAAUGUCGGCGGCGGGCACCUACGCCUGGAUGCCUCCUGAGGUGAUAAAAAACUCGACGUUCUCCCACGCUUCGGACGUGUGGUCUUAUGGAGUACUGCUUUGGGAGCUACUGACUGGAGAGACGCCGUACAAGGGCAUCGACGCGCUGGCCGUCGCUUACGGGGUGGCCGUCAACAAACUCACACUGCCUAUACCCAGCACGUGUCCUGAACCCUGGAGGGUGCUUAUGGAAGCCUGUUGGGCGUCGAACCCCCGAGAGCGGCCCCUAUUCCCCGAAAUAUUGGAGCAGCUGGAGCGGAUCAGACAGUCAGAGUUCACGCGCGCGCCUCACGAGUCCUUCCACACCAUGCAGGACGGCUGGAGGCUGGAAAUCGAGGAGGUGCUAAGGGACCUGCGACGGAAAGAGAAGGAGCUACGGUGUCGUGAAGAAGAGUUGACUCGUGCGCAGUUGCAGCAACGAUUACACGAACAGAACCUAGCGCAGAAGGAGAGGGAGCUGGAGAUGCGGGAGAUCGACCUGGCGGCGAGGGAGCUGCAUAUACUCAUCUUCGCCAGCAUGUCGCAGCCACCACAGCCCAACAAGAGGAAGGGCAAAUUUAGCAAGAUAAAGCUGCUGAAGAAGGACACGAUAUCCUCGCCGCUGGACUUCCGGCACACGCUGACUGUCCGACCUUCGGAAGACGAGAGCAGCGUGAAGCAGCUGGUAGCCGUCGCCAAGGACACGCCACCCGGCUCGCCGGCCAUCAUGCGUGCUAUUGCACUGCCGGCGGACGGCGUGAAGGGCAAGACGUGGGGCCCGUCGUCGGGGGCGGCGCCGGGGCGCGCGCGCGCGCACCUGCCGCUGCCGGCGCUGCGGCGCGCGCCGCCGCGGCCCGCCGCGUCGGCGCCGCAGCUGCCGCCCACAGACUUCAGUCCCGACGAGUGGGGUCCCGAGUUCCCGCUCUCCACGACCACCAGGUACACCGUGCCCAUGCCUACCCUCUACAGCACUGAAGGUUAUAAGUUCAAGAAGCCGAGCAUCAUUGAGCUUGUGUUGUACAACAUGGCGGCGCUGCUGGGCGGCGUCGCGGCCGGUUAUGACGUCAGGGUGUCCAAUGUCAGCCCGCUGCACCCCACGCUGCAGCCGCACAGAUCGGAGAUAGACCCGGAGCCUCUAGGAGCGAGCAUAUACGAGGGUUUGGGGUUCGCGCACAACACUUACCACGGCCCCACGAGACACCUGCGCGCGCCGCUCAACGCCAUUACUGGCUCGCCUAUAUCGAGUCUACAAGCGGUCGAGCAGAAGCCGAUGCGGUUCACGGACUCCCCGACGCACUACGCGCACGCGUCGUCCUCCUCCGGGUACGGACACUCGGCGCAGCCCCUCUCCGGGACCUCCGGGCUCGGCACCAACUACACCUCCACGCAGCCACCCACGCCCUCACCCAGAAGAACGCCCUCCGCCACCCCCGACCACCUAGCAGACCUCUACCACAACUACAGGGAAAACUUCCAACCGUCAACUGACAGAGACUACUACUACAGAGCGGAACCAUACUACGACAGGACAGCCGAUUACGUCGUCAAACACCCGUACUACGGCUACGACGAAUGCUCCUUCGAGUACCGCGAGCCGACCCCCGACUACCGACCUCCUUACCUCGCCCACAGACGGACCCCCUCAAACCAAUCGUCGGCGUCAAACUCCCACCCCGAAGAAUUCUCCCCUUCCCGACAGUUCAGGCCGGAUAAGUUCAAAGACAAAAGGGAGGAGUUCCGACCGCCGAAGGAGUUCAGGAAGCCGAACGAUUAUACUCUUCCAAGAGACUACUACAGAGCGGAAUCUCAGCCGGAGGUGGAGCGACCGGGGAACUUGGGCUUGGAGUUGGCGCCGACGAAGCUGCGCUCCAGCCUGAAGAAGUACAAGAAGUCGUCGGCGGGCAGCUCUGCCGCGGGCACGCCCACGCCGCCCACGCAGCCCACGCCGCCCACGCCGCCCACGCCGGGCGACAGCGCGGCCAGCGAGACGGACAGCUCGUACGCGUCGGCGCGGGACGCCUCCAGUGGCUCGCAGUCGCGCGUGCGCUUCGGCCCGCAGCCGCCCGCGGCCCGCCCCGAGCGCCGCUCCUAGCCGAGGGCCUGCUCCUUCCACCACUACCUCGUGUGACGCAACAGGCGCUAUUCAUGAUGUAAGAGGACCAGGCAUGCUCAAUCCUAUACCAGCCGCCAUUGCUAGCCCUUUCAUGACGUAAGUGUUACCCCCUGUGUUACCAUUAAAUCAGUAUCUCCAACAUUCCAAGGACAAUAAUUAAGUAAAUUAUUGACUAAUGUAUUUAAUUACUCUUACUUGUCACAUAUAUAAAAAUCACUACAACUAUAAGUAAAUCUUUUACUAAAAGUUCAAAAUUGCCUUGCAAAGUAAAUAUAAAAACGUUGGACGUGGGUAAUUUAUUUUUUACGAAAUGGCAACACAGGGUUGGAUGACGUCAGCUGGGCUAACCUUGAAAUGUUAGCUGUCACUUUUGAGCAUACCUGAUUUUGUUAUACCAUGUGCUGUAUAUGUUUUGCGGGUAGCAUAGGACUGCUUGGCGCCUCCGAACAUGGAGCCUGUGAAUUAAAUCUACCUACAGAGUUGCAGUGUUUAGCAUUUGAAUAUUUAGCAGCUGAGCAAAAGGUUAUUUUGGGGCGUGGCCAUAAUCUGAUAAUCAUGUCUCAUCCUAUGAAAACAUCAUUCCUGACAGUAGUUUUAAAUGGAGAAUGCAUGGAGCCCAGCGCUCCUGUCAGUGUCAUCCAAAUGCCACACUCUCCAUUUAAAAGUCACUCAUAUUUCCGUGGGCUGCCUAAUGCGAGCGAGUCAAACAUCUCCCUGGCAUUAUACUGUUCCAGGUUACAGUCCUUGUAACUUGCCCCUUCCUGCAUUGCCGUACCGAUGGCUCCCAUCUCCGCCUCUGCAACCGUUGAGGUCUUCAUCUGUAUCCCUGGGCAAGGGUUCUACGUCAUGACGUUUUCAUAGGUGACGACUUAUAAAUUGGAUUAUUUGGUGAAAAAUAUUGCCUUGACGACAAUCUCCAAAUGCUAAAUAACGUCUU